AUGCAUCGCUUUCGAACACACACUCUCUCUAUUUAUCUACAUCUCUCUUUCUGUCUGUCUGUCUGUCUCUCUGUCUGUCUGUCUGUCUGUCUGUCUGUCUGUAAUUUGGGAUUUUCUUGUGUAAUCUAUCUAUCUAUCUAUCUAUCUAUCUAUCUAUCUAUCUAUGAAGAAAUAUAUCAUUCAUUUGCUAUAUUCGUUGAUCCUUCUCUCUCAUUCUUUUAUUUCAGUGUUUUUCUCUUAUUUCCUUUGUCUUUUUCAAUGUUGCUUCCAUUUCAAUCCUUGCUCCAUUUUACCCCCAUUGAUUUUCUACUGUCUCUUCCUGGUCAUUAUCUGUGUCCAUCUCUCAUCCGGAUCGUUUCUCGCUUCUCCCAUUGUGCCAAAUUACAUAUUAUUGUUGACUUUAGCCUCGCCUCGCGCCUUUCCGACACUAUUGUUUGUAAUCUAUCUAUCUAUCUAUCUAUCUAUCUAUCUAUUACAGCCUGUUCAUAUCUAUCUAUCUAUUACAGCCUGUUCAUAUCUAUCUAUCUAUCUAUGAAGGAUUGCUGUUUUUCGACUGCCAAGAAACCAUUCCUCAAAUUUCUACUCUUUGUUCUUUUCUUUAAAUCUUUCUUUCAGAUAAUGGCAGCGCAUAUUGCAAAUGGUACCAUAAGAUACAAAAACAGUUUCCGCUACGGCGAAGUCUUAAGAGCUGCUGUCGAUCAAAUCUAUAUCAUCAAAGAGAAUGGACAACUGUACGUAAUCAGUAAUAACGUGAAAGCCCGAGUGACUACGGCAGAUAUUCAAGCAAUCAAUGGCGUUCUUCAUGUUAUAGAUGAAGUCUUGGCUUUCCCAUACAAAUCAGUGGCCGAAACAAUGGCGGAAACUCCAUUUCUCAGAGAAAUUACUAUGAGGUCAAUUUUCUCACCUCACUUUUACCAUCUAUCUAGCGAGCUAGCUCAUUCUGUUCCUAUCUAUUUGUCUCUCUAUCUAUCUAUCUCAUUUUCUCCCUAUCUAUAUCUAAAUUAUUCUGUUCCUAUCUAUCUAUCUAUCUAUCUAUCUAUCUAUCUAUCUAUCUAUCUAUCUAUCUAUGUGCCUACUCAUUCUGUUCUUAUCUAUCUAUCUAUCUAUCUAUCUAUCUAUCUAUCUAUGUGGUUAGCUAGCUCACUCUGUUCCUAUCUAUCUAUCUAUCUAUCUAUCUAUCUAUCUAUCUAUCUAUCUAUCUCAUUCUGUUCCUAUCUAUCUCUAACUCAUACUGUUUAUUAUCUAUCUAUCUAUCUAUCUAUCUAUCUAUCUAUGUGGCUAGCUAGAUCAUUCUGUCCCUAUCUAUCUGUCUGUCUAUCUAUCUCAUUCUGUUCCUAUCUAUCUAUCUAUCUAUCUAUCUAUCUAUCUAAAAUAUAUCUAUCUAUCUAUCUAUCUAUCUAUCUAUCUAUCUAUCUAUCUAUAAUCUAUCUCUUUCUUUAUUUCUAUCCUUGUUCCUAUCUAUCUAUCUAUCUAUCUAUCUAUCUAUCUAUCCUUCCUUUCUUUCCGUCUUUCUUUCAGUCUUUCUUUCUUUGUUCUUAUCUAUCUAUCUGUCUGUCUAUCCUUCGAUCUAUCUAUCUCUUACUUUGUUUGUUUGUUUCUUUCUUUAUUUCUAUCCUUGUUCCUAUCUAUCUAUCUAUCUAUCUAUCUAUCUAUCUUUAUUCUUAUCUAUCUGUCUAUCUAUCUAUCGAGCCAUCUCUUUAUUUAUUUCUAUCUUUGUUCCUAUCUAUCUAUCUUUGUUCUUAUCUAUCUGUCUAUCUAUCUAUCGAACCAUCUCUUUCUUUCUUUAUUUCUAUCCUUGUUCCUAUCUAUCUAUCUAUCUAUCUAUCUAUCUAUCUAUCUAUCUAUGUCUAUAUUUAUCACCAGAUAAAGUAA